CUAUUGCAAAUGUAAACAGCUAAACUGUAAAGAAGCCAACACAUUGUUACAUUUACAUUGUAAAUAGACUUAACAAUACUAACAGCUAGAUCUACGGAGAUCUAGAUAUAGAUCUACAUUCUCUAGAUAGUAAAAUGUCAACAAAUGCACAUGAAUCAGUCUCUUCAGAAGACUCAGUAAAGAAAAUAUUUCACGAAAUUCCAAGGGGAAAGCCAAAAUCUGGUCGGGUAUGGAAGACAGUAAGAACAGAAAGGUUUUCAAAGAUAAAACAAGAUAAAAUGUUUACAACAUCCUGGGCUAAAAAAAUGUCUCUUAGAGAAGAGAAGAAGAGGUUGAAAGAAAUGCAAGAGCAGUUAAAAACUGAUAAAGACAAAGAGAAACAACUGCGAAGAGAAAGAAUAGAGGCUAAUAAAAAACGGAAGCUUGAAAACCAAAGACGUUCAGAAAUUGUGCAGCCUAUAAGAAAUACUGCCAAAAUCAAGAAAAUGAAAAAGAAACAAUUAAGAAUGAUUGAGACUCGGUGAAUCAACUCUUAUAUUUUGUAUAUAGUUUGACUGAAGAGUGAAUGAAAUGGGGUUUAGACUUAACAUUUGUCUGAUUGAUGUCGCGCUUUAAAUAAAAUCAUUAUCAAAAUCAAA